AUGAAUAACCGACAAAAAUACACUACUAGUCCAUGCCAGCGAUGUAAAGCUCAUCAUAAAAAGUGUGAGGCAAGACGGCCUUGCUCGUAUUGCGUGAAAUCUCAAGCGCGAUGUGAAACGUCGUCAGGAAGUUUCAAGUUCCGACAGGGAAGUAAACCGAAGCCAUCCUACGAUUUCUCACCUGAUCAGACCUGGGUUGAUUAUAGCCAUAAUGACGAGCUUCGUUUGGUGCACGUCGACCCAAAGUCUCGAAAAGGCGGAGAGCAGUCACCGCAAAACCAAAGGGAUAGCCUCUCAUCUCAAAGCCCUGAAGGAAUAUCUUUAGAUUUGUCACCUCCUGUGGGAGAAAGCCCUUUACAGAUGCAUCAACAAAUAGAUACAGUCACAGUGCCUCCAAAUCAGAGACGUGAGAACACUUCAGAUUGGCAAGAAGCUCGACAACCAUUUGCAAGUAAUAUACAGAUGGAGCCCAUUACGCAUGAAAAUGAAACAACUUCUGAGUCCUUAAUUCGACCGACGUCAAAUUAUAGAGAGGAUAUUGAGUUUGAAUCUGCGUCUUUAUUUCCUCCACACCGAAGACCGUAUCCCUUUGGACCAUUGAAAGGGUUACCAGAAAACUUUUCACAUUAUUCAUAUACUACCUUACAAGAAGCUUGCUUAAUACGUCACUUUACCGAAUACCUUUCCUCUUGGUUUGAUACGUGUGAUCGCGAUCGACACUUCGAAUUAAAUGUCCCUGAGCGGGCAAUGUUUUGUCCAGUUCUACGUUAUGCCAUCUAUACAGCCUCCGCUAGACAUUUGACACGCUUAGCGGCAUGCCGCCAUGACCCAAAUAAUGUCGUUAUCUUUGAUGGCAUUGCGUUACCUGGUAUUACUUCCGACUCUGCAGUUCGAUAUCACGAUGUUUGUAUUUCGUACUUGAUUGAACUCUCCAACGAUCCCAAAGAAGAGUAUAACGAAGAUGUUCUUACGGCUGCCACUAUUUUACGGUUCUAUGAACAAAUUGAUGCUCCGUCAUACGGAAUAGACUCCGAGGCAUAUCUGAAUGCUGUUCAAUUUAUUGUCAAUACACAACAAGACGACUCCUUCUUUGCUACUUACAAAAUCCACGGGCCUCGUAGAGAUGAGGAUGUUCACACCAUACCAUCAGUGUCACUCCGCCACUCCGCAUGUUUAAGCGCUCUUCGGCAAGAGAUAUGGAGUGGUUUCCUGAACCAACGCCCCUUUCGCAUGCCCAUAUCUUCUGACAAUAACUACAACUUUUUUGAUAAUGCAAAUGCCUUUACCUGGACGAAUCGCAUACUGAUCUGGUGCGCGGAUCUUCUCAAGUUCUGUUUCGGUCAUAGGGUGUCUAUGAGUGAUACUGAAGUCCACCAGAGAUGGCAAAGUUUGAAAAGCUUCGAAGUCAAUUGGGAAACAAAAAAGCCGGCUGCCUUCACGCCGAUAUACUACGAAGACGCCGACCUCGAAACUGGAAAGAUUUUCCCCACCAUAUGGCAUAUGAAUGCAUGUCAAGUAAUUGGAGCCCAGCACAUUGAGCUGUCGCGCAUUCUACUCGCUGUUUCCAACCCAACUUUGUCUCGCCUUGGACUGGGAGCUCGUUCAAGCAGCCUUAUUUUGGAGAAGGAACUCCAAUCUAUUACUCGCCGCCUUUGUGGACUGGCUGUAUCCAACCUAAAGUAUCCAACUGCUUUGGUAAACGCGGCUAUUGGAGUAUCAAUUUGUGGUGAAUACGUGGCUGAGCCACGGGAACAGAAUGCCAUCAUCCAGCUCUUGACUGACUUAGAGUAUCAGCAUGGGUGGCCAACGCAGGCAACUAUUUUAUCCCUCCAAGAAGCUUGGAAAAUAAAAUCAGCGUCGUGA